AUGGCCCCGGCGCGAACGAGUCGCGACACGUUGCAGCUCGAAGACUACAGCGACGCGGACUACGUAGCGGACAGGGCGGAUCGCAAGUCGCUAACGGGAAGCGCUGUGCUACACAAUGGUAUAGCGGUAUCGUGGACCGCGAAGAAACAGGGCGGGAUAAGUCUAUCGACAACGGCGUCGGAGCUCGUCGUGGCGUCGGAAGUGGCGCGCGAGCUCAUUGGUUUGCAAUGGAUGAUCGGAGUGGUGGGCAUGGCGCCAGUUGUCCAUAUUCUGAUGUACGUGGACAACCAAUUAGCCAUUAGCCAGAUCGAAGGCAAAGCCUCAUCGAUCAAGGCCAAUUACAUCGACAUUAGGCAUAAGCAUCUGCGCGACCUCGCUCAACGCGGUAUCGUCACGACGAAGCACGUUUCGUCCGAGCUGAUGCUCGAGGACCUGAUGACGAAGGCCCUUGAUGCGACCAAUCUGGAAAUGCUGCAGAGUCUGAUGCGGUUCCAUUAA